AUGGCUUUCUUUGUGGUCGUUGUCAAAAUAACUCAGCCUGGCCCGCCCGUUGCUCCUAAUUGGGGCUCUCUCCUACCGAGCCCGGCCAAAUUGGAAUUUACCUCGAUGCGAAUGAUCGACAAGGAUGGCUUUGCGGAGCCAAAGUUAAUACUCAAGCAUCAGGGAGCUUCCUUCAGAGAGAGAUGUCUGGAUAUGACUGUUGCUCGCAUUUUUCAACUAGGCCAACAUGCUGCUCUUUUGGCAGAAGAGCCUGCCACUGCAUUUUCUGUUGACUGGACCGAACUAGGCCUCAUAAAAUCAAAAUAUAAGUUCUCAGAAAAUGAGGAAAAUAUACCAUCCCCAGAUGCUCCAGUUCGGAUCCAGCGCUUCCCUGGGAGACCCAAAGCUGAGGUACUGGGGAAUAUCUCAUAUUCAAUCCAGCUUGCUUUGGAUAUGGAUGCCCAACAGGAGCUUAAUCUGUUUAACCCACAUAAUCUCAACUGGGCUCUAAUAACCAUAGAGAACCAAGUUUCUGAUCGUAGAAUGUUCCCUUUCCAAGGAAUCCACGAUUCGUGGGCUGUCACUCCCAACUUCUUCGACUCGAGAACACCCUCUUUACAAAAUUCAACCACCACAGAUCGCAAUUCCUGCUCGGCUGAAAAAUUCUUCAUGUUUCCCGUCCUUUUCAAGGCCGUAAGUCCGUCUGAACCCCCCGUUCUUCACAAAUGGGACGUAUUUGGGUGGUGGCCAAUACGUGAUAUCCCGGACGAUACAGGCAUAAUCAAUUUUGGCGAAAGCGCUGAGAUUUGUCUUGAUAGGGUUAGGAGAAUGUUAAACCCGGUGAUAGGGAGCAGGGUAUAUAAUACGGAACAGCGAAUUCUGGCUGAUAAGGGUAAUGGAGAUUCCACCCCCUUGGGAACUAGUUAUGGCUCUCCUCUCUAA